AUGGUGUUGAACCCGGUGCUGGGGAAGCUGGUCAGCAAGAGGGUGGUGCUGGCCAGCGCCUCGCCGCGCCGGCAGGAGAUCCUCACCAACGUGGGCCUGCGGUUUGAGGUAGUUCCAUCCUGGUUUAAGGAGACGCUUGAAAAGUCAUCUUUUGCAGCCCCUUAUGAGUAUGCUGUGGAAACAGCAAAACAGAAGGCUCUGGAAGUAGCAAACAGAAUGCAUGUAAAACACCUGAGAACACCUGAUGUUGUCAUAGGAGCAGACACUAUUGUGACUGUGGAUGAGCAGAUCCUGGAGAAACCAGUUGAUAAGCAAGAUGCGUAUAGGAUGCUGUCAAGGUUGAGUGGAAAAGAGCACAGUGUGUUCACAGGAGUGGCUAUUAUACAUUGCAGCAGUAAAGAUAAUCGGCUAGAGACAGAAAUCACUGAUUUCUAUGAAGAGACUAAAGUAAAAUUUUCUGACCUGUCUGAAGAGCUCUUAUGGGAGUACAUUCAUAGUGGGGAGCCAAUGGACAAGGCUGGUGGGUAUGGAAUCCAGGCCCUCGGUGGAAUGUUAGUUGAGUAUGUCCAUGGAGACUUCUUGAAUGUGGUGGGAUUUCCUCUGAAUCACUUCUGCAAAAAGCUAGCAGAAUUGUACUAUCCACCCCCUAAACAUAAUGUACAACAUAAAAAGUAUGACUCUAUCCCUUCCGUGGACACUUUUGAGAACCUAAGUGAUGGAGAAAGUGAAUCUUCAAAUUUCACAGAGCACAGAGGUGCUAGUAAGUUGGACAGCAGUGGGACGUGCUCCUCAGGAGCUAUUUACAGUUCCGAAACCAGUUCUAGUGUCAGAACUGGUUUUAUGGUACCUUUGGAAAAUCAGAAUGGAGUGUCGGAAAGUGCAGCAAAACUUCCAUCUAAAAUUCUAGAACUGAUGGAUGGUUUUAGAGCUUCAAAGGCUCUGUUUGUAGCCUCUAAGCUGAAGAUGUUUGAUCACCUGAAAGAUAAAGGUCCGCUGAAGGCUGUGGAUAUUGCAAAUGAGGUUGGAACCUCUGUGUGUGGAACAGAAAGACUCCUUGAUGCAUGUGCUGCUCUUGGAUUACUGGAGAAAACACCACAAGGUUACAGUAAUACAGAUUCAGUAAAUACCUACCUGACCUCAGAUGGUGAAUACUCACUUCAUGGCUAUAUUAUCCACUCUAAUGACCACCUUUGGCCUCUCUUCACAAACUUGGAGUCUGCUGUCAAAGAAGGCAGCAGGCAGAACCAUCGAGCCUUUGGAAAGAAAGCAGAGGAUAUAUUUAAGGACCUUUAUCACAGCCAGGAGAUGAAGCAACGUUUUAUGGCUGCCAUGCACAGCAUUGCCCACCUGACAGCAAGAGACGUGGCUACAGCAUUUGAUCUUUCACGUUUUAAAUCUGCUUGUGAUUUAGGAGGUUGCACUGGAGCUCUGGCUCGUGAAUUAGUACAAACAUACCCAAAUCUCAAGGUCACAGUAUUUGACCUUCCAGAAGUCAUUGCAAACAACUCUUACUUUCAGCCUUCAGGACAACACACAGCUCCAGUGACAUUUGUAUCAGGUGACUUCUUCAAGGACAAUCUUCCAGAAGCAGAUCUUUACAUCCUUUCACGUGUUCUUCAUGACUGGCCUGAUGAAAAGAUACAUGUGCUGUUAAGCAAGAUAUCAGCUGUUUGCAAACCAGGCUGUGGGAUUUUGCUGGCUGAAAUGGUAUUGGAUGAUGAGAAGAAGAACAGGAGCACAGCUCUGUUGCAGUCUUUGAACAUGCUUGUGCAGACAGAGGGGAAGGAGAGAAGUGGCUCUGAAUAUCGAGGCUUACUGGAACAACAUGGAUUCACAAAUGUCAAAAUCAGAUUGACAGGAAAUUUGUUAGAUGUCAUUCUCUGCAUUAAAACCUAGAAAAAAAUUGAUUUAGUAGGAAAAUCUGGAUGUCUCUAGUCAUGUUUGAUGUUUUAUAAUUAUGCAAAUACAUUCUCAGUUUCCCAUCAAUAUCAUAAACAAGAAAUGUUACGUCAGCUUUCUGAAGUUACUUUUAAAAAGGGGGAGAGAUUGAUUGCAAUUAUUUUGAACUUGGGUAAAAAGAUGCCUGAAGAUUCUGGCAUCAUUUGAUGGCAGUAAUACUGUAGCUGCACAACACCUGUAGUACCCUCAGAAACAAGUCUCUGACCACAAAUGGUAUCAGCAGCCCUACGGCAGUAUUCACCUUGCUGAGAAAUCACAGUUUCUUCAUACCUGGUGCAAUAGGAAUAGUCCAGUUUUUAGACCAGCACACAUCGCUUUGCCCCUGUUUCAGGAGGUUAAUGCAGGUAUCAUUUCAAUACUCCAUCACCAUAUUUUAAUACCAUUUUAUGUUACACUCUCUACUGUAAAUAAAGAAACA